ACAAUUCAAAACUCAAGAUUAUAAAUAUCAGGAGUGUAUUCAAGCAUAUUUUCAUUGAAUGAAAGUACUCUUUGAUUCCGGUGUGCUUGCUCUGAAGAAGUGCUAAAAAAAUUUACAAAAGAACUGAAAACAAGAUAUCCAAAAGAUAUUUGUGCGUUUGCAUUGGUAUCAGCUCUAUUUACAAGAACCAAGAGCCAGAGGAAUCCAAAUGCCCAUGGAUGGUUGAAGGGACUCACGAAAAGCAGCGGGUUUACACAAUGUAAACAUUCAGCAAUAGAAAAGAGAUCCUGUAACAUGCUACACCAUCGAUGAGCCUUCUCAACAUUAUGGUUAGUUGGAAAAGCAAGUCUCAAACACAGCAAAACAAAGAACUCAACCCCACAGCAACAAACCCUUACAAAUCCUGUAUGAUUUAUAAGUGGUGAAACUUAUAGAAAACGGAAGUAGAAUGGUAUUUACCAUGGGCAAAGAUGGGGUAACUGGAAUUGAUGUCUAAUAGAUAUAUUUUUUCAGCUUUACGAGAAGAAAGUUUUCAACACUGAAUACACUUAGCACUACUGAAGUUUACUUUUGAAGUUAAUACGGUAAACUUCCCAUUUACAGUUAAUACGGUAAAGUUCGAAUCAGAUUAGCCACAGGAUGUCGCUGUCCACCAGAGAAUGUUCUUCUCUAAGAAGGCAAAUACCCAGAGUCUCUUUGUUACUCCAGAUAAAACGACAGGAGAAGCAGCAGGAUUUAGCAGGUGUUAGACUAUUUCAUUUCUUUUAAACAUGAUCAUUUAAUUUGACCAACCCACGGAGGACUAGAGGUGAUGCCUUCUUUGAGAGGGGGCCCAGACGUCAGGCAGUGUCUGCUGCUCUGGCUUCUGCUCCUCUCAGCCUGGGAGGCAGGGAGCGGCCAGCUCCACUACUCCAUCUCCGAGGAAGCCAAACACGGAACCUUCGUGGGCCGCAUCGCUCAGGACCUGGGGCUAGAGCUGGCGGAGCUGGUGCCCCGCCUGUUCAGGGUGGCAUCCAAGGACCGCGGGGACCUUCUGGAGGUAAAUCUACAGAAUGGCAUUUUGUUUGUGAAUUCUCGGAUCGACCGGGAGGCGCUGUGCGGGCGGAGCGCGGAGUGUAGCAUCCACCUGGAGGUGAUCGUGGACCGGCCGCUGCAGGUUUUCCACGUGGAGGUGGAGGUAAGGGAUAUUAACGACAACCCGCCGCUAUUUCCAACGACAGAAAAAACUAUCCAAUUUCAUGAAUCGAGACUGCUAGACUCGCGGUUUCCUUUAGAGGGAGCUUCGGACGCAGAUAUAGGAGUAAACGCUCUUCUGUCCUAUAAGCUCAGUCCCAGCGAGUUUUUCUUUCUGGAUGUACAAACAAAUGAUGAACUCAGCCAAUCGCUGUUUCUUGUGCUGGGGAAAUCUCUGGACAGAGAGGAAAAUGCUGAGGUGAAAUUGUUACUGGUAGCUACGGAUGGAGGCAAGCCUGAACUCACAGGUUCUGUUCAGAUACUCAUUAAAGUGUUAGAUGUGAAUGACAACGAACCUACUUUCCCCAAAUCCGUUUACAAAGUUCAGUUGUUAGAGAACACCGCAAACGGAACCUUGGUGGUGAAAUUAAAUGCGUCUGAUGCAGAUGAAGGACCAAACAGUGAGAUUGUGUAUUCACUGAGUAGUGAUGUGUCUUCUACUACACGGACCAAGUUCCAAAUAGACCCCACCUCCGGAGAAAUCAGAACGAAGGAGGAAUUAGACUACGAAGAAAGGACAUCCUAUGAAAUUCAGGUCAUUGCAUCUGACAAGGGAACCCCACCAAUGUCAGGACAUUGUAAAAUUUCAGUAAAACUCUUGGAUAUCAAUGACAAUACCCCAGAAGUCUCAAUAACGUCUCUCUCACUACCAGUCCAAGAAAACGCUUCACUGGGCGCUGUUAUCGCCCUCAUCUCAGUGACAGACCGUGACUCAGGAAUCAACGGGCAGGUGACCUGCUCCCUGACCCCUCAAGUCCCCUUCAAGUUGGUGUCCACCUUCAAGAAUUACUAUUCGCUCGUGCUGGACAGCGCCCUGGACAGAGAGACCACACCUGACUAUAAGGUGGUGGUGACAGCCCGGGAUGGGGGCUCGCCCUCGCUGUGGGCCACAGCCAGCGUGUCCGUGGAGGUGGCUGAUGUGAACGACAACGUGCCCACGUUUGCGCAGCCCGAAUACACGGUGUUCGUGAAGGAGAACAACCCGCCUGGUGCGCACAUCUUCACGGUGUCGGCCAUGGACGCAGAUGCGCAGGAAAACGCACUGGUGUCCUAUUCGCUGGUGGAGAGGCGGGUGGGCGAGCGCUCGCUGUCGAGCUUCGUGUCUGUGCACGCGGAGAGCGGCAAGGUGUUUGCGCUGCAGCCUCUGGACCAUGAGGAGCUGGAGCUGCUGCAGUUCCAGGUGAGCGCGCGGGAUGCUGGUGUGCCUUCCCUGGGCAGCAAUUCUCUGCUUGAGAACAGCCAAGCUCCAAAAGCCUCGUCAAAAACGUUGGUAGAUGCCACUGGCCGAGAGGUAUCGCUGGUGGAUGUCAACGUGUACCUGAUCAUCGCCAUCUGCGCGGUGUCCAGCCUGCUGGUGCUCACGCUGCUGCUGUACACCGCGCUGCGCUGCUCAGCGACUCCCACAGAUGGAGCCUGUGCUCUGGGGAAGCCCGUGCUGGUGUGCUCCAGCGAGGUGGGGACCUGGUCAUUCUCACAGCAGAGGCGGCAGAGGGUGUGCUCUGGCGAGGGUCCGCCCAAGACCGACCUCAUGGCCUUCAGCCCCAGCCUAUCCCAAGGUCCGGAAUCAGCAGAGGAGAGACAGCCGCCCUUAGAGUCAGAAUACUUAGCAAAGGUAGGUUUAAGAUUUUUUUUAUCUUGCCAAGAACGUUACUAUUUUUGUAUUGUUCAUGAUUCCAGCUAA